CUUUCCCCCGCCAAUUCUCUGCCCCUUGCUGAUACGUGACGCUCGCCCGCCCCAGCCGUCGCUACAACCUUUAUUUACAGCUUCGCCUCGAGGCAUCUCUGCACCAUUGCUUUUUCUGCCAUUUUAACCCCGCGCACGCCUCCUCUUCACUCGUCUCGUUAUUCCCUCCUGUCCGUCCCGUUCCAGCUAUACGCACCCUCCCUGCCUGUCUGUACUGCGCCGCCGCCGGCCGGUCUGGUCCUCAGCUCGCAUCUCGGGGACAUGUCGAAGAAAAUUGUGGUGAAGCUGGAGGUGAACAGCGGCAAGGAUAAGCAGAAGGCCAUGAAGGCCGUGUCGGCGCUCGUCGGCAUAGACGCGCUGUCCGUGGACAUGGCCGCCCGCAAGAUGACGGUGAUCGGCAUGGUGGACCCGGUGGACGUGGUGAGCAAGCUGCGCAAGGCGUGGUCGGCGUCCAUCGACUCGGUCGGCCCGGCCAAGGAGCCCGAGAAGGAGGGCGAGAAGAAGGACGGGGACGGCAAGAAAGACGGCGCCGACGCCAAGAAGGAAGGCGAGGGGGAGAAGAAGGACGGCGACGGCAAGGACGGGGCCAAGAAGGACGACGGCGAGGCGAAGCCGCCGCAGCCGACGGAGGAGCAGCUCAUGGCCGAGCUCAUGAACCAGUACAGAUCGGCCUAUUCGGCUUACCACAACCCCUACAUGAACAGCCACUACGUGGUGCAGAGCAUGGAGGAGAACCCCAACUCCUGCGCCAUCUGCUAAGAACGCGACCGCUGCGUGAUGUGAUUGUGCCAGAGUACGUGUGGUACAAAGACGCUACCUGCUCUCUUCUGGCGUGUAUGCCGUUUCUGUGCAGAAUGCAGUUAUGGGCAGGGAGGGCAUUCACGUGGAAAACUUUGCUGUAUGGGACAAUUAUACCUGUAAUGACUUGUGACGGCAAUUUUGUUUUUUAAUA